AUGGCGUCGUCCUCUGCUGUGAGCAAGCGCGGCGACGCGGGCGGCGUCCUGGCUGCGAUCUCGCGGUCCUCGGUGGCGGCGCACGGUCGCGAGGCCGCGGCUGUGGCGGGGAAGCUGCUGCGGAGCACGGGGAAGGCGGCGUGGAUCGCCGGGACGACCUUCCUGGUGCUGGUCGUGCCGCUCAUCAUCGAUAUGGACCGCGAGCAGCAGAUGGUCGACCUCGACCUCCAGCAGCAGGCUCUUCUCGGCUCGCCGCCGCCCCUCGCCAAAUAA